AUGCAAACAGGAUCAAGUUUCUUUUAUGGUUUAUCUGUUGAUAUCUUUAUAAAAUCCAUAAAUCCAAAGAACAUAUUUGAGUUUUCUUCCUUGAACUUUGAUAAUAGACUCAAAAAACCUCGUAAACUUGAUCGCAAGGACCUGAGCGUGUUCAACCAACCAGAUGAGGGAAAUCAACCCCAUAUUUCCCCACAACUUACAUUGGCUUGCUUCCAGUUCUUGUUUUCAAGUGUGGAACCAUUUAAAGCAGAAUACAUUUCAGAAUCUGUACUAAAGCGUUUGUUGAAAGAAUACAUUGUAAGAGAACACUGUAUGAGAAAUGAAGAAGAUGAAGAAAACUAUAUUUACAAAGAAGGGCAACCAUGUGAUUAUUUUAUCCUGAUCUUGCAAGGUCAUGUUAGUGUGAUUGUGGGAAAAGAACACAUGAUUUUUGAUGGUGGGCCAUUUUCAUACUAUGGUGUUGAGGCUCUUACAAGUAUCACAGAGGCAAUUGUGUCUCCUGGAUUUUUUUCUGGCAGUGAGAACCUCAAACUGGAACCCUACAGACCAGAUUACUCAGUGAUGGCAACCACAGAUCUGCAGUACUUGCAAAUCAGUCGUGAAAAAUACAUUGCUGCUCGAAGGGCCACACUGCUGGGUCAGAAGAGAGAAUCCCUUGCCUCCCAAUAUGAGGCUGAAGCAUUUAAGAGGGAACUGAAACGAGAAUUAAAUCGUUCUAAAGUGUCAACUGACUGGAAACCAUCACUGGAUUCAUUUACUUCUGACAGCCGGCGGGCUUCAGAGGGUGCUAUACAGAAGCACAAUCACUCUGCAAGCAAUUCAAUCAAGUCAGUUCACGAAACACCUCCAUGGCCAAUGCAGAAGUCUGUAUCAUCAAGCUAUAUUUCAAACUUGAAAAAAAACAAUACUCAUGAAAGCAAGGAACGUGCAAGCUCUUCAUCGAUCAUGGAAAAUGCUGAAACGGGCAAGCUGUUAGCUUCCAAUUAUGAUGAGGAAGGUCGCCAUGUUGAAGCAGACGAUCAUGACAACACAUCAGACAGGACUAGUCCCACCACAAAAAAUAAAGGGGAGAGAACUCCACUUGUGGUGAAUAGCUGA